GAGCGGUUGCUUGAGUGCGCUGUUGCGGCCUGCUGUGGUCAGUUCAACUUUAACCCAUUUCGCAACAUCCUGAAUAAUGUGGCCAACCAGGCGCAAAGUUUCGUCAACGCGAAUCCUCAGGUCAAUCCGUUCCCAGGAGUCAAUAUUCCGGACAUAGUCAACAAUUUGCCAAUAAAUAUACAAGUAAGGCCUCCUCCAAACUCAGGCGGUGGCAGACCAGGUCAACCAGGUAGACCAUUUCGACCUGGCUGUGCCCCGGGAACCAUCAGACCUGACGGAUCUUGUCGGCCCCAGCGGCCUGGAUUUCCACCAGGGCUUCCUCCACCGAACCCCUUUCAACCUACGACCACAACAACCACUCUGGCACCUCCGACUCUCGCACCAAACAUCGACUUACCUGCAGACCACAUUUUCAACCCAACCACACAGGCGCCUCCACCGCCACCGCCGCCGCCGUCGACGACGGCGAAACCCGCCGGUCUUCAAUGCCCCAACAAUCUCGGUUGCGGAGUCAAGCCACAACAACGCGUGGCACAGCUCGGCAGAAAGAAGCGGUCACCACAACUCAGGCCGGUCAUCGUCGGCGGCAAAUUGGCCUUGAUUCAGGAUUGGCCCUGGAUUGUAGCACUGCUGCGCGACGGCACUGACCCUUACUGCGGAGGAGCACUGAUCACCAAUCGACACGUUCUCACAGCUUCCCACUGCGUACAACCAUUCACGGCCCCAGAGAUCAAAGUGAGAGUUGGUGAGCACGAUUUCGACGUCACAACGGAUUCCUUCCACAAGGACUUCGGAGUGCGCAGGAUCAUCAAACACCCGCAGUACAACACGAAAACGUAUCACAACGACAUCGCUGUCAUUAGCAUGGACGGAACGGCGGACUUCAGCUGCAAUGUUUGGCCCAUUUGUCUGCCUGACGUCGGCGACGAAUACACCGGGAAAACGGCUACGGUCGCUGGCUGGGGAACCGUGUCGUACGGAGGUGAAACGAGCAAUCAACUCCGCGAAGUCUCUUUCGCCGUCUGGAACCAGGAUGACUGCUCAAAAUCGUACCCAUCCCGAAUCCAAGAUACUCAGAUGUGCGCCGGCGUCGCAGAAGGAGGAAAAGACUCUUGCCAGGGGGAUUCCGGCGGUCCUUUGGUCAUGGAGAAGGAUGGACGCUUCCAACUGAUCGGCAUUGUGUCAUACGGCGCCCGCUGCGCGCAAGCAGGAUUCCCGGGGGUCUACACGAAAGUGAACAAGUACAUGGACUGGAUUCGAACUACCAUCCAAGAGGACUUCGCUGGCUAAGAUUUUCGACGAAAAUUACGUAAGGGGAUAUUUGAAAUUUCAGACCGGCAGUUCAUCUGCACAAAACUUUCGACUGUACUUCCUUGAGAAAAAUGAAGUAAAACAAUCUCCUGUAUUCCGGAAAUACAAGAAUUUUGUACAGUGGUGUACCUUUCGA